AUGGCCAAAGCCGGCGAGCGUGAGCCCUUGAGAGAAAAGGCCACCGAGAGCGACGACAAGCCCGUCGCAUGGUGGUGGCGCCUGCGAUCACGAUACCUGGCCCAUCGACUCGGCAGGCUCUCCGCCAGGACCAUCACCGCGAGCGUCAAAUCGCCGGGGAAAUGCCUGUCCAUCGCAGCUCUAGCAGUCGUACUGGCGACGCCCAUCUUCGCGCCGUCCUACAACCGGCCGCCGCCGCACUACGCAGCGCUGGAGUCGCGAUGUCGAGCAACAACAGCCUCAGGCGCCCCGGGGCCCGGCUGCGCGAAUCCGGGAAACGAGAAGAUAUUUAUUAGUGCUACUCUGUACGACCCGGAAGGCGACCUGGUGAACGGCGCGUGGGGCGAGUCUGUCUUGGAGCUCAUCACCCUCGUGGGCUAUGACAACGUCUUCCUCAGUAUCUACGAGAAUGCCGGCGGGGCGAAGGAAGAAAUGGCCCUCGCGGAGCUGAAGGGCAAGUUGCGCUGUCGCCACGCCCUUGUGCACGAUGGUAGUCAUCACGGUAGCAGCAGUAGUGAUAAGCCCCAGCCCGAGCCCGAAAUGCAGCUGCAGGGGGGAGGGGAUUUCGCCUCCUUCGUCCUUCCGGACGGUAGCACGCGGCGCUCCAAACGCCUGGCCUACCUCUCCGAGAUGCGCAACCGCGCCCUACGGCCCCUCGACGUGUCUGUUGGCCCGGAUGCCGCCCGAUACGACAAAGUCGUCUUCCUCAACGACAUCGCCUUCCGCGCCAUCGACGCCGCACACCUGAUCUUCAACACAAACGUGGGUGAGGAGGACGGGAAGACGCACUACCUCGCCGCGUGCGGUCUUGAUUACUUCACCCCAUUCUUGUACUACGAUACCUUUGCAUUGCGCGACGUCGAGGGCUACUCGACCGGCGUCCCCAUGUUCCCCAUCUUCACGAGAGCCGGCCGAGGCAUAUCCCGCGCCGCCAUGCUCGCGGAGACUGAUGCAGUACCCGUGGCGUCCUGCUGGGGCGGGAUCGUCUCAGUGGAGGCGAGACACGUGCAGAAUGCGCUUCCGUCGCUGUCGCGUCCCGGUUUUCGGGAGGUCGGCCACCACGUCGUCCAGCCUGCGAGCCCGAGGAACGCCACCGCACCGGUGCGUUUUCGCUACGAGCCAGAUAUGUUCUAUGAAGCCUGCGAAUGCUGCUUGUUCCUAGCCGAUGUGAGCCAGGUAGCCAAAGGCAACGAUGGGCACGUCCCGGCUGCCGAUGCCAAUGUAGGCGUUUACGUCAACCCGUAUGUCCGCGUGGUGUAUAGACCCGACAUGCUGCGCUGGAUGCGCUGGGCUCAGAAAUGGGAACGUCUGUUCGUCAUCCCACAAGCCAUACUGAGCCGUGUUGCCGGCAUGCCCAAGCACAACCCCCAUCGGGGUCUCUGGGAAGGCGACGACUUCAUGGAAGAAGUCUGGGUUGGCGAGGGCGCGGAUGGACAUUGGGAGCAGGUACGCCGACGGGCUCGGAGUGGCAUGUUUUGCGGCACGAGAAAAAUGUUGACCAUCGAACCUGGUGACCAUGCUGGAAAUGCCAAUUGGCAGAGUCUAAAGAUACCGGGAGGACAGACUUUGCAGUUUGGAUGA